UAAUAUUUCGGUCGUCCCCGGCCAAUGUCCAUGUCCAGCCCUAGAAAUUAGGAAGCAAAGAUACUGUAUCUAGAUAGCUUGUUUCCGUUCGCUUGGUUGACCUGCCGGCCGGCGGUGGCGGCGAGAGAACAUGUUAUUGCAAGCUUCGAGCUGCUCUUCCUGUGCUCUGCUGCUCUCUCCAUUUUCACGUUCCGGCAAUGUCAUUAUCGACGUUUCACAUUCCCGUCGUCUUGGACUCAGAAGAAAGGCUUCCAAAUCUUCUUCUUCUUCUUCUUAUCCGGGCACGUCCGCAUGUGCCAGAGUUGGAAUCGACGGAAUCGCUGAAAUCGUCCGCAACAAGGUUAUAAUUUCAGCAGCUGUGUCGGCGGCUAUUGGGCAGCUCUCGAAGCCAUUCACCGCGGCCAUCUUUUCUGGGAAUAGAGUUAGUUUCAAUUUCAAGGCUUCCUUUCAGUCUGGAGGGUUCCCUUCUACCCAUUCCUCCACAGCAGUGGCCACUGCAACAGCCCUUGGCCUUGAAAGGGGUUUCUCUGAUGCAGUGUUUGGUUUAGCAGCUGUUUAUGCUGCGCUUAUCAUGUUUGACGCCCAGGGAGUGAGGAGAGAAGUGGGCAUCCAUGCCAAGACACUAAACAGGUUACUGCUCCAGAACUUAGAUUCCUCAAACGAUGCUGAAGAUCUGAUUGAUUUAAAACCUAGAAAAUCAUACUCAAAUCCUGAAAGCCUUGAGCCUCUCCUUUUGGAGGAAGCAAAUUUUCUCAACGCAAAGUUAAAUGCUAAUCUUUUCGUUAGACCUGAGAACAGCAAUAAGGUAAUGUCAUCUACUCUAGCAUCCGAUGAUGGAGGAAAAUCGGGAAAGGUUGCAGAAAGUAGAAAGUUGCUGAAAGAAUCUGUUGGCCACAAUGAGAUUGAAGUUAUUGCAGGUGCCUUUCUGGGGUUUCUUGUAAGCUUGGCAGUCUACACUGUGAUAUGAUUUUUUUUUUCCUUGCCCGAUAUUUUCUAUUAUAUGUUUGCCUUUCUCAGACUAAAUAAUUAGCAUAACCGAAAUGUUCAAGAUCUACCAAUGUUUUGAGCAUUUGUUUGAUUUGUAAUGGAUUUGAAUGUUCUAGCCAAGAUCAUAGGGUCACAUUAUUAGUAUGAUGUGUUGGAAAAAAAUUGGUGGAAUUUUCUUCCUUUUCCUC